UGUUCAUAUUUCAAUUUUAAAUAUGAGCGAUUGCCAUUAUUUUGUUUUUAUUACGGUCGACUGGGUCACAGUGAUUCCUUUUGUGAAGAUAGGAUGAUGCUCGGUAUGGAAGCUGCUGAUAUGGGUUUGGAUUUAACCUUACGAGCUCAAUCCAGAAAAGCUCGAGCUAUGAAUAGUAUCUGGCUACGUGAGGUUGGUGAUGUCAAAGUGGAUGGUAGUAAUGACAGUAAAGGACUCAUAGUGAAUGGGAUGUGGCGAGCUGAAAACAGAAAGAGUUGUGGAAGGAAGGUAGACCCAAUUCUUGGUUUUAAUAUAGAAGGGGAUUCAUCAGCUUCUAGCGAACGAUUGAAGAGGGUAUGGCCAGGGCAGAUACAUACUUUUAUGGAUCACGACAUGGAAGAUACAGCUUUAAUAGGAGAGGAGGGCAAAAAGAGAUCUAGAGUGGAAGAGGAUGAGCCAACAGGAACAAAUGAGGGAUGCAAUUGAUCAAAAGCAAGCUGAAAAUGGGCCAAAUUAGAAGAAAAUUAUUGGAAUGGGCCAAAGCGAAAAGAUGGAGCAAGCCAAGGACUAGUCAUAAAUUUGACUUUGUAAAAAGCCAAAAAUAGGAAAUUCUAUUUUAAGUUUAUUUUAAUUUUAUUUAUUUUUAA